AGAAUCAAAUCAAAUCAAAAUUUGGCGGUUAAAAAGCAAAAAACAAUUUUCAAAACAGCCCAAAACAUGCCCAAAACUUAAGCAAAAUUAUUUGGUUUUCUCACGUAAACAUGCAACUGUAAACAGUUUUGAAAAUUUUCCACCUUCCUAUUGCUGCCUACAUAAUAUGAUUAAAAAAUGGAAUUGUCUCAAAGAAAUUGUACUUUAUCCAUUAAUACAACACAACAUUUACUUAGCGAAGUGAAAGAUCAACUAGUAAAACUAUUUAAUGAAGUUAGUAUAAAUGUUGAAUUUAAUACAGAAGAACAUUAUAUUUUAACUCAAGAGCAGGCUUUAGUUGUGAUUGCAUUGACUAAAUACUUUGAAGGGGAAGAUGGUCAAAGUAAAAUACUAAGUUUUGUAAGAAAUUUGAAGACAAUCUGUAAAAAAGAACGGUAUUGUAAGCAGUUUUUGGGACCAACAGUUUUGAAAAAGGAUAGCGACACUCAUAUAAAAAUAUAUCAGGAUAGUCUUUUUCGAUUAUUCUUAAAAGUCCCCUGCCUUCAAAAUGAUGUCAUCAACAUUCUUCUUGAUAUAUUAACAACAGUUGGAAUGGAGGAAACAGAAGAUACAUCUUAUUUAAGGGACAUUCUUAAACCUCUUAGAUAUCUCCCCAUUAUUAAAGAUGGACAGUUUUUAACAAAGAAAUUGUUAGACAUACUUGAAAUUUCUACAUUUUCCAGUCAGUUGGAAAUUCUAGAUGCUAUUCCUCAAAUUAUACCAGAUUCUGAUUGCGAUCAAGCUGCAAGGCAGCUGAUUACAUUGCUAGACGAUAAUGAUGCUUUGUUUGGAGCUAUUAUUGAUUGUUUAAAUGCUUUAAAUUUAGAAUCCGAUAUAAGGGGUCAAGUACAAGAUAGAAUUCUAGCAAAAUUACUAGCUGGUCAAGUAGGCAUGAGUCCGAAAAAUUUUCCAAUCUCAUUACAAUUUUUAUUAAGUGAUUCUAAAUUACCUAGUUUGGUGCCAACCUUAUUUAAAAUAAGAAAUGUUCUAGAUAAUAUUUUGCCUUCCAGAAGCAGCCAAGAAGAGGUGGAAUCAAAUAAAGUAUUAAUACUUCAGCAUAUUCAUAUGUUUACUUUGUCUCGAAAGGCAAUAUCUGAAGGAUGGUUAGCAACAGUAUCUAAUAUUAAAUCAUCAACUGACCAUAAACCAAUUGACUAUUUAAUAAUGUUUAUGUUGCAUCAUACAUCUGAAGUCCGUAAGCACUUAAUUGAAGGUAUUUUUCGAAAACGCAUUAGUAUGGGACUUUUCAAAAUUGAAUUUUUGGAAAAGCUAUUUGAAAAAUAUAUGUCCCAACAGAUACUAAGAGAUUAUAUGCCUUCUAUAAUUGAAAUUGGAUGUUGCUUAGUUAGGUCAUCUAAAGAUUCUACAGUAGCAAAAUUUUCAACACGUUUAUUUGAAUUACUUUUCAGUCAUGCAUAUACUGGGGUCAUUUAUAGAAGUCAAAUUAUUUCAAGCUUAAUAUCAUUAACAGCUUCUACUGACUCAAGUGUAAUAAAUACAAAUUUAAAAUUAUUACUAUCACUUGCAUUAACAGAUGCAGAAAAACUAAAAACACAUAUCGUAUUGCUAAUGCAAUUACUAGAAAAAUUGGAUACUCUGAGUUUACAAAAUGUUAAGCUUGUGUUUGAUGUAUUAGGUAUAUUGAUUUGGGGAAAAACUAGUAGUGAUGAUUCUUUAUCUGGUUUUAAAAAUGAAAUUCACAUUAUUCUUCGGAAACAGCUUACAAGUACUGAUAGAGUGGUUAAACAUAGAGGAAUUCUCAGUGUUCUUGUAAUAAUUAAACAUAUGGCUUCAAUAGAAACAGAAGAAGAUAGUGAUUGUACGGUAAAUAACUCACUAUCAAUAAACAAUAUACCAGAAGGGUCUUCAAGAGAGGCAGCAUGUCUUAUUGAACUUGCAUGUAAUUGUACUGCCAAUUCGCCAGAACUUCUAGGUCUCUACUAUGAUCAGUUGGCUUCAAUAUUAGCUAGUCCAUAUAUAUUUGAUAAAUAUUUUUUAUUGUGGCUUUAUAAUAUAAUUACAAAAGAUUUUUACAAACUAUUUGUUAGUGACGUUGUUCCAGAGCCUAUCAAUGAUAUUAGUUUUUCAUUACAAUAUAGAAUUAGCACAGACACUGUUUUAACAGGAAUAAAUAUCGCAAGUUAUAUAAUCAUUAAAAAGGAUAAUACAAUACUAUUAUUAUCUCCAUUAUUCCGUGUGUUAAGACUACUGCAUUUAAGGCAGCAUAAUGAAAAUAUUCUAAGUCUGAGAGAUUUGUUGGAUUGUGGCAUUAUUUUACCAGAUGUUGAUGAUCCUGAAUUGUUGGAUCUUGAAGAUUUAAAGCGAAUUUCUGAUUGCUUGUUUCAUUGUGCAAAUUGGAUAAGGGAACUUAUUAGCGCGUUUGUAACUGUAAAAGAUUCAGCUAUCCAAAAUAUCGUGAUACAACGUUUACAAACUCUACUUGAAGUUGAGGAGAAACUGUUUUCAUUUCUCGAUUAUAUUCCAGGACAUCAUUUACCAAUCAGCUAUUUCGACUCGUCUGUAGCUAGUAAACAAACUGUCAAAACUGAAUCUAAUGUUAAAAAGAAUAAAACUAAAAAAAUAAAAUCAGUUUCAGUUCUAAAUGAGACCAGUGAUACUCCUGUUAAUACCCAAAAAUCUACUAAACUUGCGUCUUCUACUAAAUUACCAGUAUCCCCUAAGAAAAAAAUACAAUUUAGAAUACUAGACACUGAUGUAGUGCAUCUGAUGAAAUAUCCAUUAAAAAUUGAUGAAAGUGACGUAUCAGAAUCUUCACAGACGUCUUCCUUGAAUAUUACACAAGUAAAGUUUUUGCUUAACGAUUUUGUAACUAAACUGUCAUUAUUAACUUAUCAUAAGGACAUAGGUUUGUCUCAUCUUAAUGAUGUGAAUUCUGAGGAUUUGAUUAAAGAUUGUGUAUAUAUUUUGCCUCAAAUUGAUAAAUACUUACUUAUAAUUGUUAAACAUAUCAAAAAUCUAUUGAAUGAAACGGAUGACCGACAUGAUUUGCCCAAUUUAUACACAGAUGAAGCAAAAGGAAUAAGGAUGUGUUUUGGGUUUAUUUUGCAAGCAUUCUAUUUAGUUUUUAAAUGGCCCGGAUUUCAACAUACUGCAAAUAUUGAUUUGUUAAAAAAUAUAUUAAAAGCUAUGAGAUCAGAUAAUACUCAGACUUCCGCAAUUCGGCUCGUUACAGGAUUUGUUUUGCGAUUAAGUUCCUUUGCUGAUCAGUGCUUAGAAUUAAAUCAGGCCGUUAAUUUGGUUCGAACUAUGGACGUACUUCAUAAAAUUAUUCAGCCUAAUGAAGAUUUGAAGAAAAAAAUAUCAAAAACAGCAGAAUUAUUAUUAAAAAAACGUUGGUAUAACAUUAGUGGUGAUAUUGAUAAUGGGAGAGGCUGUAAUGAAAAUAUUAAUGUUUUGGUAUUCUAUUUAUUAAGUAUAGCCGGUGUGAAAGAUAUACUGACUUUAUUAGAGACUAUUCAAGAGCAGAUUGGAAAUCUAAGUACUAAAGAAGACUGCCUACAUGACUGGGCAGCAAUAGAUAAAAGAAAUUUUCACGUGUUUUAUUUAGGAAUCUGUAAUGCUUUAUUAGAGAGCAUUAAAUUUGAAAUACAGGCUUUAACAAAUCGAGAACAUUUGGAGGUAUGGUUAGAUGUGUUCACUAUAAUGGCCGAUCUUAAAUUGAUUGCUAUCUCUGUUAAAAAUCGUACAAAUACAAUAUGUUUUUUGAAAAAAUCUAUAGGGAUUUUGAAAGUUUUUUUAACACACGGUCUCCCCAUUCUCGAAAUUAUGCUUAAAGUACACCCACAAAGCGUUAUAGAGAUAUUUAGAAUAAUGCACAGUAGUACCAGGUAUAUGCAUAAACUUUGUUGUGAAUCAAAAUUAACUCGGGAUGCCCGUGUAAUUACCUAUAUACCAGCCUUUAGGCAUAUAUUGGAAUCGAUAGUGUAUCGUGCUAAAGCAGCUUUUUGCAUUAAUAAUAUGUUGAAUAUGUUUCAUUUUGGUUACUUGCCAAAUAAAAAUUUACAGGACGAAUUGGUGUUGGACGUACCAACACAAAGUACAAACACUUCUGUUGAAGAUGAAAUUGAUGACGAAAAUGAGCUAUUUGCUGAUGAUACCAAUCUUAUUAUUGACGAGACUAAUAUGGAUGAUGGAGAGUCAUGUGAUAGUGAAGUUUAUAACUAAAACAAAAAAUGUGAAAAUUUAGAUACCUAGUUUAAGUACUUAGAUGUUUUAUUUUUUAUUUAGUAAUAUAAUAUUUUUAUAUAUUUA